AUGGAAGGAAAGGAGACCGUCCACUUCGACAAAAUCACGGCACGUAUCCAGAAACUUUCGUACCGCCUCAAUAUGGAUUAUGUCGAUCCUGUACUGGUAGCUAUGAAAGUCAUUGGUGGCCUCUACAAAGGAGUAUCAACAGUGGAGUUGGACAAUUUGGCUGCCGAAACUGCUGCUUCAAUGACCACGCAGCAUCCCGAUUAUGCCAUUCUGGCUGCUAGAAUUGCUGUCUCAAACUUGCAUAAGAAAACCGGCAAGGUGUUUUCCGAGGUUAUGGAGAAACUGUACAAUUUCCAUCACCCUUUAACAGGAGAGCACUCCCCUAUGAUCAGUGAGGAGACAUACGACAUCAUCAUGAGGCAUGCGGAGAGGCUCAACUCGGCUAUUGUUUAUGAUCGUGACUUCUCGUACACCUACUUUGGCUUCAAAACUCUUGAGCGUUCUUAUCUCUUGAAGAUCAACAAGGAGGUUGCAGAACGUCCUCAGCACAUGCUAAUGCGAGUUGCCAUUGGAAUUCAUGGAGAGGACAUCGAUGCGGCCAUCGAAACGUACAAUCUUAUGAGCGAACGAUAUUUCACACAUGCUUCUCCCACAUUGUUUAAUGCCGGAACGAAGUGGCCUCAACUGUCAUCGUGCUUCCUUCUGACAAUGAGCGAAGAUUCUAUCGCGGGUAUCUACGACACCCUUAAACAAUGUGCACUGAUCUCCAAGAGUGCUGGAGGAAUUGGUUUGAACGUCCACAAUAUUCGAGCUACUGGAUCUCUGAUAGCGGGAACAAACGGCACGUCGAACGGUUUAAUCCCUAUGCUCCGUGUGUACAACAACACUGCCCGUUACGUGGACCAAGGCGGUAAUAAGCGCCCGGGAGCGUUCGCCAUUUACUUGGAACCAUGGCAUGCUGAUAUUUUCGAAUUUGUUGCGCUGAAAAAGAACACUGGCCCCGAAGAGGAACGUGCACGUGAUUUGUUCUAUGCUCUGUGGAUACCUGAUCUCUUCAUGAAGAGAGUGGAACGUGAUGAAGAUUGGUCCCUUAUGUGCCCUCAUGAAUCGCCUGGCCUGCACGAGUGCUGGGGAGAGGAGUUCGAUGAACUUUACACGAAAUAUGAAGCAGAAGGUCGCUAUCGCAAGCAAGUGAAAGCCCGUAAAUUGUGGGAGCACAUCGUGUCCAGCCAGAUCGAAACGGGAACUCCUUACAUUCUAUACAAGGAUGCUUGCAAUAGGAAGAGCAACCAGCAGAACCUGGGCACUAUCAAGUGUUCUAACCUAUGCACGGAGAUUGUGGAGUACUCCAGUAAGGAUGAAGUAGCCGUAUGUAAUCUUGGUUCGAUUGCCCUUAACAGAUUCGUAACAGAAGACAAGAAGUUUGACUUCAAGAAGCUUCAUGAGGUUGCUAAGGUGCUAACCCGUAACUUGAACAAGAUUAUCGAAGUCAAUUACUACCCCGUUGAAGAAGCACGACGUUCCAACUUCCGUCAUCGGCCGAUUGGACUUGGAGUACAGGGACUUGCUGACGCCUUCAUGCUGAUGCGCUAUCCAUUCACGUCGCCUGAGGCCCGCGAUUUGAACCGCAGGAUCUUCGAGGUUAUCUAUUACGCUGCUCUUGAAGCCUCCUGUGAACUUGCCGAGAAGUAUGGACCCUAUGAAACUUACGAAGGUUGCCCAGUGUCUAAGGGAAUGCUUCAGUUCGAUAUGUGGAACGUUAAGCCAACGGAUCAGUGCGACUGGGAUACGCUCAGAGAGAAGAUCAAGAAACAUGGAGUUCGCAACAGUUUGUUGAUUGCUCCCAUGCCAACUGCGUCGACGGCUCAAAUCCUUGGCAACAACGAGUCCAUCGAGCCUUAUACCUCGAAUAUCUACAGCCGAAGAGUGCUGUCAGGCGAUUUCCAAAUUGUCAAUCCGCAUUUGCUCAAGGACUUGGUGGAUCUGGGCCUAUGGGAUGAUGAUAUGAAGAAUCAGCUAAUUGCUAACAACGGAUCAAUUGCCAAGAUAGCUGGUAUUCCCGAUCACAUCAAGCGGCUCUACCAGACGGUAUGGGAGUUGCCGCAGAAGGAUAUAAUUGAAAUGGCUGCUGACAGAGGAGCUUUCAUUGAUCAAUCACAGUCACUGAACAUUCAUAUCGCUCGACCAAGCUACGCAAGUAUCACGUCCAUGCACUUUUACGGAUGGAAGAAGGGGUUGAAAACUGGCAUGUACUAUUUGCGCACGAAACCAGCUGUGAAUGCUGUGCAGUUCCACUGGUGA